AUGGCUCCAUCCACGGGAAACAUUGAACGAGUGCUGAUCGAACUUCGUCCGCGUCUGCAAAGUGCCAACUUUUUCAUCUCCUUCCGGCGUAAAUUUGCCGAAACCGACUCCACCACAAUCGACCUAGCGAACGAUCGUUUAACGAUCGGGGCCAAGGGUGAACAUGAAAAGUAUGAGAUACGCGUUGGAGAUUUUUUCAAAUUGCACACCCAAACGCUCAGCUCGCUUGUGAUUAAGAACCAAUAUCUGUGCUUCCGGGUCAACACGAACGAAAGUGAUUUUGGAUCCGAGCUACUGGGUUAUCAGCGUGAUGGAAGUGCGACAACAGGCGAUGAAUUGCCACGGUUGAUGUGUACCAUCGAGUCUGGUAAGCGGUAUCGCCUGCUGUGUAACAACUGUCGAGGACCUAUGGACGAUGCCACGGAAGGCGUACUAUUCAAUCGAGUGCUCGAGCUACCGUCGGAGCAAAUGGAUAGUGAAGAUUGGUUCUGUCACCGUCAUGAUCAUCAACAUCAGCAGGGUGAGCCGCAAGGAAGUGAACAACUACAUCAUGAGGGAGAUGACUACAAAUCGAAGCUCGAACCUCAACGGAAUGAUUUGCUGUUCGGUAGCUUCUACGCCUUGCUCCAUAGCUCCGUUUUACCACGCAUUCACAUUCGCAACAAUCGGUUUCUGUACUGCAAACGGUGUCUUCAGUACCUAGGCACCACUCGCAAGAAUAGCUCCAGCGUAAAACUGUGGUACGAACACAUCCGCUUUCAACAGAUGGAUUCAAACGAGCAGCUAGUUCGGUCCCUCUUUAGCACGAGCGAUUCACUUGAGCUGUUCCGCUUGCUGGUACGCAAGACAGUGCGUGAGUUCAAUAUUGUAUCGAGCUUUGGGCUACCACCGAUGAUGAAACUAAUGUUCGAGCUACGGCGCCCCGGACUGGAAGGAGAUGUCUUUUACUUGCUACUACAAAUCAUGGACAGCCAACUGAGCGUUUUUCGAAUCGAUCAGAAACGUGUCGACGAAGCGUCUGGUGGUUCGUGCUCCGACGAUGUUGACGAUCAUCGAAGCAAGCAGAUAGUUACUAAGGAGAACGGUGAGCGUUCAGAACCGAAUGGUAAUCAUACUCAUAGUGCUGCUGAGAAAGAAUCGAUAGAAAAUGGCAAAUACGAGGACGACGAUGAAGACGACGACGACGUGUUCAUAGAAAAUCGUUGUCAAAGGCACAGCAUUCACCUGGAACAGCGACGGGCAAUGAAGCUGAUGUAUCAAUACGAAAAAUACGAACAACAGCCACUGUUCACCCUCUGGCGCGAGGAUAGUAACGUAGUUAGUCUAGAAAUCUCGGAACCCAUGUUUACCGCUGCGAUACACUAUCUGGAUCGGAACUCUAGCUACGUACCAGAGUGUUACCGGGUAAAUUUGGGUUUCACACUGAGCUAUCUCGAUAUUACCUAAUGCAAAGGCGACGCAUUCGGUCAAAGGAUUUGGAUGAGAACCAAAAUUAUCGCCAAAGGAGAUGUAAAUGUUACUAAUAGGCAGCUUCCAAAUAAAUUGAUCCCCAAUA